AUGGCCCCACAUACCGAGUCGAUUGAGUCGAACCAAGAAAAGGCAAAAGAAGACCAUCAGGAGUCCGAAGCGACGGAAGUUCCAGUUGACCUGAGUAGUCGUCUACCACCAACAACGAUAAGCCACAGCGGCAGCGAUUUCUAUCGCUCAAUCGAUGCCCGACUCAAAAAAUCGCGGGACGAUAAGAACAUCUUACAACUCUCCGGCUCCGACCUAGAAUGCCACUAUAACAUUUUGCACGAUGCUCUACGUUCGUUGUUGCCCGCGGACGACCAAGAAAUAAUCAACGGUCUGGAAGUCUGUCACGAAUUGAUGGGGUAUCUCAUCAAAAAGGCUUCCAAGCAUGAUAUGUACGACAUUGCCACGCGCAAGCAUAUGCAAGAUGAGUUCGACAGGAAACUGAUGGAGCAGAAGAAGCUCUAUGAGCGCCAGCUUGAGACCAUGCAGGAUCAACUCGAACACUGGCAUGAGAAGUGCGACAAAAUGGAGCUCCAAAAAGGAGCUUCUACUAAGUCGAAGAAGUGA